AUGACAGACUCGCUGGUUCACGUCACCUCCAAGGCGCAAUUCGACGACCUUCUCAGCAGCUCCCGCAUCGUCGUCGCCGAUUUCUACGCCGACUGGUGCGCGCCCUGCAAGCAGAUUGCGCCCCUCUACGCAUCUCUCGCCGAGCAAAUCUCCCGCCCAAACCUCCUCACCUUUGUCAAGAUCGACAAUGACGCCAACCAGGAUCUCGCACAAGAGUAUGGCAUCACCGCUCUGCCCACCUUCCUCCUCUUUCGAAGCGGCAAGGUCAUCCACAAGGUCCAGGGCGCAAACCCGACCGAGCUCAGAGCCGUGAUUGAGAAGCUGGCCUCCGAGCUGGAGUCGCUGGCAGAGGGCUCGGGCUCAGGCUCAGGAAGCGGCGGCAUCUGGAAGGGCGCCGAGAUCCCUAGAGGCUACAGCGACAUCACAGACCAGGUCGAGCUCAGAGGAUGUGAGCUCUUGAAUGCCGAUGACGAUGCUGGUCCUGUCAAGGUUCUCUUUGAGAGCUCUCAGCCGAGUGCCUUGAGAGAGGGUGCAUCGGCUGCCAAGGACUGGGUCCAGAGCGGAUCCGACGACCAGCUUCUCCUCUUUAUCCCCUUCCAGUCGACCAUCAAGCUCCAUACACUACAGAUCACCUCCUUCCCCCCCGAGGGCAACAGCGAUGUAUCACGACCCGGCGUCCUCCAUCUCUUCAUCAACCGCACUUCCAACAUGGACUUUGGCGAGGCAGAGGAUGCAGAGCCCACACAAGCCAUCACACUGGAGCCCCAGGACUGGAACGCCGAUGGCACGGCAAACAUUAGCCUGCGAUUUGUCAAGUUUCAAAAGACAACUACCCUCACCAUCUUUGUCCAGAAAGGUGACGGCGAGGCGGAGACUGUGCGCAUCGACCGGAUCAAGCUUAUUGGAGAGGCUGGUGCGAAGAGGGACAUGGGCAAGUUGCAAAAAAUGGAUGAUGAAGAGUAA